AUGAACAACUCAUUCCACUCAGAUUCCUGCCCCUCUACCUGCUCAAGCUCGAUAGCUUCGCUAUCCUCAUUACCAAUGACUCCAGAAACAUAUCCCGAGUACAACCCCUCGGUAGUGCCUGCGCUCUACCCUGCAUUGGAGCCUCCCCUACUGGACCUCGAACACACCGAUCUCCAUCCUAAGCCAAUGUUUUAUAUUGAGCCAGAAUCCUUUGAGGAUAACAUUCACGAAUGCCACACCGUCCCAGAGGAGGAAGAGGAUGACGAGACUGCCAGUGAAGCCCAUGAACCACUCACGCCCACCAGCGAUGGUCACUCAAGCAUCUUUAUCAACUCUAGUAACGAGGGUUUCCACAACAUCAAAAACGCACCAGCAAUCGUCAAUACCCCAGCUACACCUCCACCAAGGAAAACAGCAAGUCCCUCAAACGAGCAACCGAAUACCCGUGGGAAGCUGAGGCGUCAGGCGUCAGAGAAGAUUCAGGGACUCAUGCGUAGGGUGCACUCUUCAGGUCAUGUUUCAGACGCCGGGCAGCGCACUCCUUCACCAACAAAGACAAAAGGUUUCUUCUCAGGCCAGCGCUCACCAAGUGAUUCGCAAAUGAAUACAUCACAUCCAGUAGAUACUCUUUCGUCAACACUGGAAAUGCCGGUUGCACAGCGACCAUCAAGUACAUUCGACGGCAAGACCUCAUCAUCAUCACCAAAACGCCCUGCAUUGGUUGGCGCCGGUUCAAAAUCACGUAUGAUGAGCAGUGUUGUGCCAGUAUUGAACGUCCCAGUCAUCCCACUAUCAUCAAAAUACACCAACCACAGCCAUGUACCUGGAAUGAGUAAGGUUUGUGGUGAGGGUGUAUCUGCCAUCGUCAAAGUAAUGCACAAGAUUUCCGGACCACCAAACGAAUUGUACGCCAUCAAGGAAUUCCGCAAGAAGAGCAGAAGUGAGACGAAGGAGGAGUAUGUUGAGAAGAUCAGCUCAGAGUUUUGCAUCUCAAAGAGUUUGAAUCAUCCCAACAUUGUUUCGACUGAGGAUCUUUGUUUCAGCAGCAGCGACAGAUGGUGUCACGUUAUGGAGUACUGUGCCGGAGGUGAUCUGUUCAGUUUGAUUGAAAAGAAUUUCAUGAAGGAUGAGGAGAAAAUGUGCUGUUUCAAGCAGCUGAGUAAACCUGGCAUUGUUGGAAGCGCGCCUUACAUUUCCCCGGAAGUUCAGAACAAAGAAGGAGUUUACGAUGCUCGCAAGUUGGAUGUUUGGUCGUGUGCCAUGGUCUACUUCGUCCUCGCAUUUGGCGGGCCGUUGUGGCACAAGGCAAAUGUUAGCGACAGCCCGCAAUACGGCAAGUACGUGGAAUCCUUCGAGAAAUGGACCGUGAGGCAUCCCGAUGCCGAAAUGACAAAGGACGGCACAUACCCCCGUCACUACGUCCUCGCUUCUCUCAAGCCAGCAACGAAGCGCCUUCUCUUCCAAAUGAUGCACCUUGACCCUACGAAGCGCAUUACUAUUCAAGAAGCCCUUGCAGAUCGGUGGGUGCAGAGCAUUGAGUGCUGCAAUGUAGACGAUCACAACGACCCAUUGUUCAAGCAUGUGGAUGCUGGAUCCAAAUCGGCCUGUAAACAAGCCGGGAAAGUCGGCGUUCAUAGGCUACAUGUUCAUCUUCCUCCUCAAACUGGAACCCCAUUCGGUCGAGAAUUAUAG